GACUGGGAGACAAGCGUUGACAGUGCUGGACCGGCUGGCUCGGGUCGCGGCCGCGGCAUUACAUCGUUUUCCAAUCUGUCCGCAAACGCCGCCGCCCGAAACAGAGCCAGGAUGUUCGGGAUGCUGAGCAGCAGCUUUGAGGAUGAUCCCUUCUUCUCUGAUUCUUUCAUGGCACACCGAGAAAGUAUGCGACAGAUGAUGAGAAAUUUUUCUGAACCUUUUGGAAGAGACCUGUUCAGCAUCUCUGAUGGCAGAGGAAGAGCGCGUAACCAUACGGGACAUGAGGAUGGAGAAAAUUCCUUGACUCGUACAGAUGUCAACCCUUUUCAGGCAAUGGACCGAAUGAUGUUAAAUAUGCGAAACAGUAUGCAGGAAUUACAAAGAAACUUUGGUCACCUUUCAACGGAUCCAAAUGGACAUUCGUUUAGUUCUUCCUCAGUUAUGACUUAUUCCAAAGUAGGAGAUGAACCACCAAAGGUUUUCCAGGCCUCAACUCAAACCCGCAGGGCUCCAGGAGGAGUAAAGGAAACUAGGAGAGCACUGAGAGAUUCUGAGAGUGGACUAGAAAAAAUGGCUGUUGGUCAUCACCUCCGUGACCGAGCUCAUGUCAUUAAAAAGUCAAAGAACAAGAAGACUGGAGAUGAAGAGGUCAAUCAAGAGUUCAUCAAUAUGAAUGAAAGUGAUGCUCAUGCUUUUGAUGAUGAGUGGCAAAAUGAGGUUCUGAAGUACCAACCCAGGGGACAAUGGCGCAAUCUAGAAAACUCUAAGAUGCGAAGCAUUGGUCAUGAGAAUUCAGGAUCCCGAGAACUUAAAAGAAGAGAGAAACUGCAUCAAAGUCCAGCCAUUGAACGUGGAAGAAGAUCAAAUGUUUUUGUGGACAAACUCAACAUCAAAGGAUCACCUGUGAAAAUCAACAAAAAAUAAAUAGCAUUGCAUUUGA